GCGUUUUUUGUGUAGACAAUGACGUCACGUGGGGCAUGCCCAGGCAGCGUACGCCAUUUUUGUACACAAUCGAGUUCGACCUCGGCGUCGGUUUUGAGCAACGUUUGACGGUCCCGGCUGGUUUAGGACCAAGAUGGGGAACCUGUUGGGAAAAGAGGCAAGCAGGGGCGGACUGGAGGGUGCAGGAUCGUCUGUAGGGGACCUCCCGCACAGGUCCGGGCCGGCCGAACUGAGAGAGAAGGCGUUGCAAGCGUGGAAAAGGACACAGGGCAAAGGUAACCCCAGAUACUUCCUAUCGGAGGAAAACAAAGGUGUGUUGCUCGACCUCAUAGACUCCGUGUACUCGGUCUUACAGGGGAGGCACAACCGCAACAACAUACUCCUGGUCGGCAGAAGGGGAGUCGGUAAGACAACGUUACUCUGCAGUUUGUUGGAGGCGUUGUCUGCUGUGGAGUUUGGGGGGAAACAGAUCGUAUCCGUGUACGUGGACUGUGCAGAGCGGUGGGAGUUACCUUCCGAAGCCCUGUGGAGAAAGGCGAAGAGUUUGGGGCUCAAGGCCAGUGAGGAGGGGGAAGGAGAGGGUAGUGCUUCACGGGACAUCAGCGUGGUGCUUGACUUGCUGUACGAGAAGUCUUACAUUCCAGUCGUGGUGGUGGACGAAAUCCAGGACCUGUACGUGAAGGUGGGAGAAACAGACCACGAAAGGCUGCGAAGAAGCCGUCUGUUUGUAGAACAGAUUUACUCCAUAGGUGAGUCGAAGAACGCCCUGGGCUGGCUCACCGGUAGCUCCCGCCUGGUCACGAUUCUCGCCUUCCAACGCGACACCUUCAGUAACAUCCUGGGAGGGUACGUACAAUACCCGUCCCUCAACGACACCAAGUACAACGUGCACCGCCUGUACGCACUGAGAAAGAAGGGAGAAGUGGGAAAGUUAGUGGAGACACUCACGGGUAAGCCGCCGUUCGCAGCACAGGUGGACAGGAUCUUCCACGCCACGGGGGGUGUCGUCGGGAAGAUAGCCGUGUUCGUGGAGAAGAAAGGCCAGGACCGAGUCAGACUCCCGGACUGCGAGAACUUCACAGACGUCCACUGGGACAUCUUGGAAUGUCUGCUCUACAAGUACGCCUCCCGCCUUCCCGAGCGGGACUUCUGGGACCUUGAACCCGUCACGGAGGGAGAGCUGACGUUGUGGCUGAAGCGCUUCCCGCUCCAGGGGCCCGAUCACGUCGCCAUGACGGACGCCAAGGUCAAACUGGUAGAUGACGAGCUGUUAGAACAAGCCGAGGGCACGUACAACCCCAACGCACAGUUCCUGGCCCACGCCCCCAAACUCCUCACAUACAACAGGCACACCUUCCAAGGACUCACCUACCAGCUGGGUCACUGCCGCGACAUCAACUUCCUGUUAGAGAAAGUGCGAGACAGGGUCGACAGGAUUGAACAACUCCAGCUAUUCCGACACCAGGCGAACAAUCUCUUCACCUCGGUCUUGUUGGCUUUCGUGUACGUGGCGUCAUACGGAGACGACGACGUGGAGUGGGGUUUCCAACCGUCACGAACAUCUCAACACGACUGUGACGAAGUUCAAGUGCAGACAAAAUCAGGUUCAUUCUGUCUACACAUCUACGACAGUGAGGAGCUAGCAGCGAUGUCAGAGCCCGUGAGUGACAAUGACCCCAACACCAUGUACCUGGUAGUGUCUCCCAGGACGACUCGCACAGGUAGCACGUGGGCGUGGAGAAGUAGCAGCGGCAGGAAAAAGAGGAGGAGCCAACCAAGGGAAGACAGUGGUUCGACAAGGGAUGAGCCUUCGACCCCAAGACGAAGACCGCGGCUAAGAAACAGAGACACUGAUAGAGGAAGCACUCCGAGUGGAUACUGUUCAGAUGAGAAUAUGGAUGAGUGAACUUAAUGUGUGUCAUAACGUCAAUGUUAGGUACUUGAGAAGUUUGCGUUAUCAAGUUUGUUUGAUUUUAUUCAGAAACUGUUGAGAAAUAUUAUGAGUAUCAUACAGAAGAGACCAUCACUAUAUUAUGUAUGGAGACCAUGAAGUGUGAAAAGACAUGGAA